AUGGACUUUGGAGACGACGAGAGACCCUACAAAAAGAGGCGAUUUUUUGUUGACCAAGACGAGACCAGGAACACCGAUCCUACCCCGAACCUUGACGCGUCUAGCGCUCGACCGGAAGAGCACGAUAACGGCAACGGCCAGAAGAAUGGGACACGACCAAGAUUACACCAGCCGGACCAGGACCUGAAAGCGUCCCCGCUACUGUCUUCCUCGAACACGCCCGUCGAACACCAGGACGAGACCUUACAGGGGCAUACGAACGUAGUACGCAGACGAAAUCCGACAGAGAGUACGCCGAGAGAAACGCCACAAGCGGACAAUAGUGGAUUCGAUACGGAACUAUUCACGAGCAUCGUUGGAGAACGACUGCCAGCAAGCAUAGUCGAGAAGAUUCGCAUUGCUUCGAACAACAAUGUGGAAACGGCAGUCAAUGUUUACUUUGACGGAUCGUGGAAGAAAACGUCUAUUCCAGGCAGAACGACGCAGUCCGCAUUGACGUCUCGUCAACAUAUCCCUACACAGACGACACCGUUUAGGCGGCUUAUGGUAGAGACUACCAAUGAUAACGGAACGACUGCGCCAGCAAAAAAAAUGCCACCACGCUUCUCAACUCAACCCUCAUCCAGAUACAUUGGUGCUUUUGGUGUUGCAGCAUGGGCUACUCGAAGUGGUACGGGAUUACUCAAACAUGGAGAGCGCGUCAAGAUCGAGCGUACACGAUCUCAGCCUCUAGAAAAGCGCGGGCGUGGAGGCAAAAUGAUCACCAACCAGAAGGUGGAUGUCCUCACCCGUUUCACCAACCAAGCCGGCCAGGAGAUUGGAAGGUUGCCACGAGACACCGCGGAGUGGGUGUCGCCAUUGAUUGACCAAAAGAUUUGCACUUUCGAUGGUAUCUGUGUGUUUGUUCCCGAUCGCCUGCGGGUGAACGACACGGUGUAUCUCCAAUUGUGGUGCUAUUUGCGCAAAGAAGCAUUUAUGCCUCGGGCAUUCAUUGGUACAACGGACGACAAUAGAUCUACCGGCGUGUUCGAAGAGAAAGAGAGCAUGGAGGAGAAGAACCUGCGGCUACGUCAAGUUGGUCUUGUGAGGCUGUUUGAUGAAAUCGGUCUUUAUGCGACGACCACCAACGACAUGACGAAGAAACACAAGAAGGAAGGAUUGCUCCGUGCCGCCGAAAUGUCAGAACAAUAUGACAAAGUCAAGAAGGAGAACAAGACAAAUAACAGCCCUCAGGAUGAGGACAACGAAGAGCCGGAGUUAGAAGAGGACCAGCUUGAUACCCUGUACAAGAAAGCCCAGACUUUCGAUUUCAAUAUGCCAGAGGCUCAGCCUUCGUCAACGUUUGCCAUGGAGCUUCGAAAGUACCAGAGGCAGGCACUUCAUUGGAUGCUAUCCAAAGAGAAGGAUAACAAAUCUGAGAGCACGAGGAAAUCAAUGCAUCCCCUUUGGGAAGAAUACCAGUGGCCCACAAAGGAUGCCGAUGACAAGGACCUUCCAAUUGUCGAAGGGAUAGAUUACUUUUAUGUCAACCUGUACUCCGGGGAGCUCAGUAUCGAGUUCCCCGCUCAGGAACAAAACUGCCUUGGUGGCAUUCUGGCCGACGAGAUGGGUUUGGGUAAAACCAUUGAAAUGCUUAGUCUCGUUAACGCACAUAAAUACGAUCCUGGGGAUCCCGUUCUUAAAGAUCCCAGUAUGACACAACCAGAUUCUACUGGCGUCGUUCCCGCGCCAUACACUACUCUCGUCAUUGCACCCACAUCUCUUCUUGCGCAAUGGGAAAGCGAGGCCCAAAAGUCAGCCCAGUCCGGGACGAUGAACACCAUGGUAUACUAUGGGACCGAACAAGCAACUAAUCUGAGGAAGCUUUGUUGUGCGACGAAUGCUGCUUCAGCUCCUCAUGUCAUUGUAACUAGUUAUGGUGUUGUCCUCUCUGAGUACGGUUCGCAUGUGUCGCGCUCAGGAUGGCAGACGGAAAGUUGGUAUGGUUCAUUAUUCACGGUGAAGUUCCACCGAGUCAUCCUCGACGAGGCGCAUGUGAUUAAGAAUCGCCGUUCGAAGACGGCGCGGGCUUGUUACGAUCUCAAUGCGACUCAUCGAUGGGUUCUCACGGGGACUCCUAUCGUGAACCGUCUGGAGGACCUGUUUAGUUUGGUGCGGUUCCUCAAGGUUGAGCCAUGGAAUAACUUUUCUUUCUGGAAGACUUUCAUCACAGUACCAUUCGAGUCCAAGGACUACGCGCGUGCGCUUAAUGUCGUGCAGACAGUGCUGGAGCCGCUUGUGCUCCGACGUACGAAGACGAUGAAGACCCCAGAAGGGGAACCAUUGGUGCCAUUACCACGCAGGACUAUCACGAUCGAAGAAGUCGAUCUCUCAGAGGAGGAAAGAGAGGUGUACGACUUUAUCUACACGCGAGCAAAGCGUACAUUCAACGACAACGUGGAAGCGGGUACAUUGUUGAAGUCUUAUUCGACCAUAUUCGCACAAAUCCUGCGCCUUCGUCAGAGUUGCUGUCACCCUAUCCUCACCCGCAACAAGGCAAUUGUCGCCGAUGAGGAAGAAGCAGCUACUGCAGCUAACGCAUCCAAUGGACUUCAAGAUGACAUGGACCUGCAAGAUCUCAUCGCCCGCUUUACCACGGCCACGGAGUCUGGGGAAGCGAAUGAAGGCCAAGGUCAAGACCCCGCGAACAAGUUCACAACCUAUGCCCUGAAACAGAUCCAGAACGAGUCUAGUGGUGAAUGUCCGAUCUGCUCGGAAGAACCCAUGAUCGACCCGGCAGUAACUGCAUGCUGGCACAGUGCUUGCAAGCAGUGUCUGGAGGACUACAUCCGGCAUCAAAUCGACAAGGGUCUACCACCACGAUGCUUCUCGUGUCGCGCACCAGUCAGCUUGACGGAUAUCUUCGAAGUGGUCAAGCACCAAUCACCUAACUCUACACCCGCGGAGAAUGAAAUCUACAGCAACACGCCUCCUUCCAGCUCGCAGCCAGUGCCGCGUAUCUCUCUUCGACGAAUCAACCCACUAUCACCAUCUGCGCAUACCUCAGCUAAAAUCCACUCCCUCCUCAAUCAUCUCUCCCGGGUACCACCAAAUACGAAAUCCGUAGUCUUCUCCCAAUUCACCAGUUUCCUCGACCUGAUCUCCCCUCAACUCACAAAAGCUGGUAUCCAACACGUCCGUCUCGACGGAACAAUGCCCCAAAAAGCCCGCGCCGAAGUCCUCGCCCAAUUCAACAAAACCGAAACCUACGAGGAAAUCGAUGAGGAUCCCACGCCUACCCCUUUCCCAACCACCCAUUUCAACGCACCUAAACCCAAACCCAGCCAGACUUCUAAUCCUACCGUUCUGUUAAUUUCCCUCCGCGCAGGUGGCGUCGGGCUCAACCUCACAGCCGCUAAUAACGUCUUCAUGAUGGAUCCGUGGUGGAGUUUCGCCAUCGAAGCACAGGCUAUCGACCGCGUGCACCGGAUGGGACAAUUACGGGAUGUAAAUGUGACGAGGUUUGUGGUGAAAGAUUCGAUUGAGGGACGGAUGUUACGGGUGCAAGACAGAAAGAUGAAUAUUGCGGGAUCGUUGGGGUUGAGGGUUGGUGGGGACGGAGAUGGGGAUGACAAGAAGAAAGAUAGGAUUGAGGAGUUGAGGUUGUUGUUUGAGUAG